AGUAGGGGAUUUCCAGCAGAGCAGCUGCAUAUAAGCUGGUGCAAGGUCCUUGCCUCCAUCUCUUUUUUGCUCCCCAGAUCGAAGAGAUGGCUCCCAAUGCCUCCUGCCUCUGUGUGAAUGUCCAUUCCGAGGCAUGGAAUAUGAUGACCUUCACUGCCAACUCUAAUGACAGCGUGAAUAAGAUCAGUGAACAUGUCCGAUCUCAGACCAAGGUUCCUGUGCAGGAACAGGUCCUUCUGCUCGGCACAACGGCCCUAGAACCCCGGAGAACACUGUCCUCUUAUGGCAUUGACAAGGAGACAACCAUCCACCUCACUCUGAAGGUAGUGAAGCCCAGUGAUGAGGAGAUGCCCUUGAUUCUGGUGGAGCAGGGUGAUGAGGGGCAGAGACACCUCCUCCAGGUGCGAAGGUACAGCUCGGUGAAACAGGUGAAAAAGAUGAUUGAGGAGAACACUGGUGUGCGCCCCAAGAGACAGAUUGUGACUUGCAAUGGGAAGAGACUGGAAAAUGGGAAGACCAUGGCAGAGUACGACAUCAGAGGGGGCGAUUAUCUCUUCCUGAACCGUUACUGUAUUGGGGGAUGACCACCCAAGAGAAAAUAAAUCUUAUUUCCUUUUAGUGCUUACUGGCCAAUCACACCCUAUGAUGUUAAUCUCCCAAAAUUAAUGAGAAACAAACUUACAGGAAAAGUAGAGUUGGUGUGGAGUACCACACCAAAUUUAGCUGCAGCUAAAUCUACAAUGAUUUGAUUCUAACAUAAUUAUGUGGCAAUUGGUGUAUAGUAUGUUACUGAGAACAUAAAAUAAAUUUUAGAGCACAUUAAAAAUACCAU